CUUUAGUCAAACCAAACCCCAACUAAGAAAAUUUCCCUUAAAUACUUGAUCAAUCCCUUCCAAUUUUCAAAUCCUCUCUCCUUCUUCAUCUAAUUCAAAUCUUCCUUGUUCUUCUCUAAAAUUUACUAAUCAAAACAAAACACAGCUCUAAAAUUCUCCUUCUUCAUAUUCAUAUCCAUAUUCAUAUGGCGGCUAAGAGAAUCAGACAAGAAUUUGAAACCUCCGAUAUCGCUAAAUCCCUAAUGCUUCCUUCUUAUGGAAUUGAAACAUCGAACCCUAAAAUUCAACCCCAGAACGUCGCCGUUUUCGAGUGUAAAACCUGCAAUCGGCAAUUCCCCUCCUUUCAAGCUCUCGGCGGCCACCGUGCCAGCCACAAGCGGCCCCGGACGGCGGCGGAAGAGCCGAAGGACACGGCGGAAUUGAAACAGAAAAUGCACGAGUGUGGCCUCUGCGGGCAGGAGUUCUCUUCCGGGCAGGCUCUCGGCGGGCACAUGCGGCGGCACCGGGUGACGCCGGUGGCGGUGGCGGUGGCGGAGAAGAUUCCGGUACUGAAGAGGUCUGGGAGUACGAGAGUUAUAUGUUUGGAGUUGGACCUCAAUUUGACGCCAUUAGAGAAUGACUUGAAAUUGCUAUUUGGAAAAAUGGCCCCAACAGUUGAUCUUGUUCUUUGAUUUUAGAUUCUUCAAUUUCAAUUUUUUUUAUACAAAUUUUAGAUUCUUUCAUUUGUUGUAAUUUAUAAAAAUAAUUCUUAAAUUAUUUUCCAUUAUUUCCAUAGAAAAUUAGGGUGUAAAUGUUCAAACAAAUUAUGUAUACUUGUGGUUAAUCUUUAUAAGUUGGAAUAUUAUUUUAUUAGGCUGAUGUGCUUGUAAUGACUUGUCAAACUUAGUCUAAUAGGAUGAGAAUGCCAAUUGCACA